AUGUCCUUGAUCCAUCCUACUGGGCACGGAUACGCUCUGGCAAACCACCUACAGACAUUUCUCAAGAAUGCCUUCAACAAACCAGCUUGUACUAUUGGCCAACGCCUUGUUCUUCUUAUCCCUAUCUUGGCCGUUGCUCUGAUGGAAGACCAGGGCGGAAUGGCUGGUCGAGCCAGUGGUCAACCAAGAGGCAUGCGUCUCUGUUUCUUGAUCGCUCAAGUCUCCCUUUAUAUCACCCAAAACGCUACGCAAGCUAUAGCAACCGUGUUGUAA